AUGUACACAAACAAUAACGGAGCUCGUACCCUGUUUACAACUACAGAUGUUUCAAGUGAUGCUAAGGAGAAUGUCCUUGUCGAAUUACAUCCCUAUACCAAGUCCCCAAUUCAGAAUUACAUCCCUUUACCAAGUCCCCAAUUCAGAAUUACAUCCCUUUACCAAGUCCCCAAUUCAGAAUUACAUCCCUUUACCAAGUCCCCAAUUCAGAAUUACAUCCCUAUACCAAGUCCCCAAUUCAGAAUUACAUCCCUUUACCAAGUCCCCAAUUCAGAAUUACAUCCCUAUACCAAGUCCCCAAUUCAGAAUUACAUCCCUAUACCAAGUCCCCAAUUCAGAAUUACAUCCCUUUACCAAGUCCCCAAUUCAGAAUUACAUCCCUAUACCAAGUCCCCAAUUCAGAAUUACAUCCCUUUACCAAGUCCCCAAUUCAGAAUUACAUCCCUAUACCAAGUCCCCAAUUCAGAAUUACAUCCCUAUACCAAGUCCCCAAUUCAGAAUUACAUCCCUAUACCAAGUCCCCAAUUCAGAAUUACAUCCCUUUACCAAGUCCCCAAUUCAGAAUUACAUCCCUAUACCAAGUCCCCAAUUCAGAAUUACAUCCCUUUACCAAGUCCCCAAUUCAGAAUUACAUCCCUAUACCAAGUCCCCAAUUCAGAAUUACAUCCCUAUACCAAGUCCCCAAUUCAGAAUUACAUCCCUAUACCAAGUCCCCAAUUCAGAAUUACAUCCCUAUACCAAGUCCCCAAUUCAGAAUUACAUCCCUUUACCAAGUCCCCAAUUCAGAAUUACAUCCCUAUACCAAGUCCCCAAUUCAGAAUUACAUCCCUUUACCAAGUCCCCAAUUCAGAAUUACAUCCCUUUACCAAGUCCCCAAUUCAGAAUUACAUCCCUAUACCAAGUCCCCAAUUCAGAAUUACAUCCCUUUACCAAGUCCCCAAUUCAGAAUUACAUCCCUAUACCAAGUCCCCAAUUCAGAAUUACAUCCCUAUACCAAGUCCCCAAUUCAGAAUUACAUCCUUUUACCAAGUCCCCAAUUCAGAAUUACAUCCCUAUACCAAGUCCCCAAUUCAGAAUUACAUCCCUAUACCAAGUCCCCAAUUCAGAAUUACAUCCCUAUACCAAGUCCCCAAUUCAGAAUUACAUCCCUAUACCAAGUCCCCAAUUCAGAAUUACAUCCCUAUACCAAGUCCCCAAUUCAGAAUUACAUCCCUAUACCAAGUCCCCAAUUCAGAAUUACAUCCCUAUACCAAGUCCCCAAUUCAGAAUUACAUCCCUAUACCAAGUCCCCAAUUCAGAAUUACAUCCCUAUACCAAGUCCCCAAUUCAGAAUUACAUCCCUAUACCAAGUCCCCAAUUCAGAAUUACAUCCCUAUACCAAGUCCCCAAUUCAGAAUUACAUCCCUAUACCAAGUCCCCAAUUCAGAAUUACAUCCCUAUACCAAGUCCCCAAUUCAGAAUCAUGAAAACGCUAGGAUUACAAAGAAUCAACAUAGGAUUAAGGAAGAAUUUGAUCAGAUGUUUAAGAUUAUCAAGGAAAAUAUAACCGAUAUCGUAGAAGAUUUAAAAAGCGAUCUGUUGCAAAUCAAGAAAGAUUUAAAAAAUUAUAAUAAAGAUUGUAAAGAACUUUACAUUGACGAACAUACAAAAUCUGGUGUAUAUGAAAUAAAUCCUUUCCUUAAUGAGAGCCGGGUUAGCGUGUAUUGUGAUAUGGAUACAGAAGAUGGAGGAUGGACUGCAAUCCAGAGACGAUUGAGCGGGUCAGUAAGAUUUAACAGAACGUGGGCCGAGUACAGGAAUGGUUUCGGGAACCUUUCUGACUCUUACUGGCUUGGAAAUGAUGUAAUACAUCAGCUUACCAAGGGAAGGAACUCAUCCCUCUACGUGUCCAUCACAUUGCGUAAUGGGACAAAACUCUAUGAAUUAUACAACCAGUUUUCUGUUGCUGAUGAGAUGCACAAUUACAGACUUUUUCUUGGAGGACCAGCUACCGGGACAUUGGGUGACAGUAUGUUAUACACUGGGAAUCCUGCCGCUAACCUGUCUGGGAUGUCAUUUAGUACACCAGACAGGGACAACGACGGGGUUAGUGGAUAUCACUGUGCUGCUUCCAGUAGCAGAAGAGGAGGCUGGUGGUUUUACUACUGUAACAACGCCUUCCUCAACGGUCAAUGGUCCCCGGGAGACUGGAACAGGCCUUGGUAUCCGUUAAUUAGUAAUGGUAGAGAAAUAAAGGAGACUGCCAUGAUGAUAAAACCUCACUGAAUGCGUUACAUGAUUUGUUUAUGAUGUGUUACAUGUUUAUUUAAAAUUGUUAAUUUAAGUUACGACAUUCAGUCCAUUGUGAGGUUACUUAAAUAUGUACAUACAAAGUCAAACAUAUAAUAAUUUAUGAUGAUGUUAUUAUUCUAGUUACAAUGGUGUUACGACAUUCAGUUCAUUGUGAGGUUACUUAUAUAUGUACAUACAAAGUCAAACAUAUAAUAAUUAAUGAUGAUGGUAUUAUUCUAGUUAUAACGGUGUUAUCGAUGUGAUAUCAUGAAGUAACAAAGUUAUUGUUUAACUAAUAUUAUUAUAUGUAAUGGAUUUCUUCAAAAAAUUAAAAUAA